AUGACUAUUAUUAGGUUCAGAUCUAGGGAUGGUCAAUUUAGACUUAACUGUGAAGCAAAUACGCCGUUCAGUGAACUACUCAAUGAGUUGGUGCUGACAAAGUUGCCACCAAUUGAUACAUCGUCAUUAGUUGUCAAGUUUCCAGGACCUGGUCUGAAAACUGGGCCCCAGUACAAUGCACAUGAGAUUGCAGAUAACACCGUUGAACAAUUGGGAUUGAAGAAUGGUGAUAUGCUCAUGCUCGAAUACUCCAAGUCGGAACAACCAGCCGGUGUUUCUAUUUCAGGGACAGUUGCUAUAAAUGCAUCAUCAACGGGAUUGUCUAAACCCAAGGAGCCAACAAAUAGAACCCAGUCGAAGCUAGACGACGAGUUAGACAAAGAUUCUGGUUUGAUUCCUCGUAAAAGGGGUAACUUGUGCAGACAUAACGACAAAGGCAUGUGUGAAUAUUGUUCACCGUUGCCGCCAUGGGAUCGUGAAUAUCAAGCAGACAACAACAUCAAGCAUAUAUCUUUUCAUGCUUAUGUUGAUGAGCUCAACAGCAGUACCAACAAAGAAGGCGGUUCAAGUUAUAUAGCCCCUUUACAAGAGAGUGACUUUGCAAUCAAUUUACGAUGUCCAUCAGGUCAUGAGCCUUGGCCUAAGGGGAUCUGUUCCAAAUGCCAGCCUAGUGCAAUUACAUUACAGAGACAGGAAUAUCGGAUGGUCGACCAUGUUGAGUUUUCAAAUAGUGAGAUGGUGAACAAUUUCAUCCAUACAUGGAGAAUGAGUGGGUUACAAAGAAUUGGGUUGCUAUUAGGUAAAUACGAGAGGUAUGAAAAGAUACCCUUGGGAAUCAAGGCCGAGGUUCAUAGCAUUUACGAAUUCCCCCAAAUAGAUCAGGAUGAUGGGCUAGUACUUCAAGAAUGGGAGGAUGAGGAUAAGGUUGUUGGAUUAUGCAAUGAGCUAGGUCUUGAGCCGGUUGGUAUAGUAUUUACGGAUUUGUCUGAUGCUGGUAAAGGGGACGGUAGUGUUAUCUGUAAAAGACAUUCAGGUUCAUUUUUCAUGUCCUCAAUUGAGGUAUUAUUUGCCGUUCAAUGGCAGAUCAAAUAUUCCAACAAGUGUAAAUGGAGUGAAAGUGGGAAGUUUAGUAGUAAGUUUGUUACUUGUGUUAUCAGCGGUAACGUUAAUGGAGAAAUUGAGGUGAAUGCAUACCAAGCAAGUGAAGCUGCCGAGGGGUUAUACAAGGCAGAUCUAAUAUGUCCAUCGACUCAUCCAGAUCAGAUGUUUGUGAAGGAAACAACUGACAAAAGAUACGUUCCAGAUAUAUUCUAUACAAAGAAAAACGAGUAUGGUGUUCAAGUCAAGGAGAACGCCAAGCCUUCCUUCCCCGUUGAGUAUUUACUAGUUUCAUUGACACAUGGUUUCCCAGAGAGCAAUGACAAGAGUCUAUUUGUUGAGAGCAAUUUCCCCAUUGAAAAUAGAGGAUAUUUGGGGGAAUCGCAGAAUUUGUCGUCUCUUUAUAGACAGUUGGAAACUGCAUUUGGAAGUAAUGUGGACUACAAUGAUUACGAUAAGGUGUGCAACGAGUUAAGCAACUGGCACCUCUUGUUCUAUCUAGUCAGGGAGACCCAUGUGUUGAACAGCGAGGAGGUGUCUCUUCUCUUAAAGAGCGUGGCCACCAAGGAUAAGGAUAUCAUAUCGCGGCUGCUUAUGUCGCCAGGAUGGCAAAGCCUUGCCCUAGUGUCUCGGGGUUGA